CGAAUUUUUUUUUAUUUUUUUGAAUUAAAUUUUUCUUAAAAUAUUUAUGUUGAAGAGAGAGAGAAAAGAAGCCUGGGGGAGAUCUCAAGCCUCCGCCCGAACCCCCCAUUGGCUAUAUUAUCCUGACGUUUGUCCAGAUCGCGAUCUCAAGCACGUAAUUGCAAUAGAAAGCCGAAUUGUGUGUUUUGAAUUGAGCAAAGGUUUAGGUGACCUUAGAAGAUGGGGGUUAUGUCGAGGCGGGUUGUGCCCGCCUGCGGUAACCUCUGUUUCUUCUGUCCUUCAUUGCGGGCAAGGUCAAGACAACCUGUGAAACGGUACAAGAAGUUGCUUGCUGAUAUCUUUCCUCGUAACCAGGAAGCUGAACCAAAUGAUAGGAAAAUUGCAAAACUCUGUGAAUAUGCUUCAAGAAACCCAUUGCGAAUUCCUAAGAUCACCGACACCUUAGAGCAAAGAUGUUACAAAGAUCUGCGGAAUGAGAACUUUGGAUCUGUUAGAGUUGUGUUGUGCAUUUAUAGAAAGUUGCUAUCUUCAUGUAAGGAGCAGAUGCCACUUUUUGCCAGUAGCUUAUUGGGACUUGUUCGGACUCUUUUAGAACAAACUCGACUUGAUGAUAUGAGGAUUAUUGGUUGUUGCACACUUGUUGACUUUAUAAAUAGUCAGAUAGAUAGUACAUGCAUGUUCAACUUGGAGGGGCUCAUUCCUAAACUUUGUCAAUUGGCUGAAGAAGCUGGAGAUGACGAAAGAGCUUUACGCUUACGUUCAGCUGGGCUGCAAGUGUUGGCUUCUAUGGUGUCAUUCAUGGGUGAGCAGUCCCAUAUCUCAAUGGACUUUGACAAUAUCAUAUCAGUGACUUUGGAGAACUAUAUGGAUCUCCAAAUCAACUCUGAUAAUUCCAAGGAAGACAAUCAAAAAUCCCAAUCUCAGGACCAGGAGGAGGUUCCUUCAAUAUCAAAUCUGGCAACCAAACCUGAUGUGGAUCACACAAUGGACACAAACAAGAGCCCCUCUUACUGGUCUAGGGUUUGCUUGGGUAAUAUUGCCAAAUUGGCCAAGGAGGGUACAACUGUGCGUCGAGUGCUUGAACCCCUUUUCCAAAAUUUUGAUGCUGAAAAUUAUUGGUCUGUAGAGAGAGGAGUUGCCUAUUCAGUUUUGAUGUAUUUGCAGUCGCUUUUAGAGGAAUCAGCAGGAGAGAACUCCCAUAUCUUGAUAUCUAUGUUGGUCAAGCACUUGGAUCAUAAGAAUGUUGUAAAACAACCUCUCCUACAGAUUAACAUUAUUAAUGUCACCACACAACUAGCACAAAAUGCAAAGCAGCAGGCAUCUGUAGCUAUUAUUGGUGCAUUAAGUGACCUGAUAAAACAAUUACGUAAGUGCUUGCAAAAUCAAUCUGAAGUAUCCAGCCCAAAGAGCACAGAUAAAUGGAUUGCUGAUCUUCAGUUAGCCUUAGAAGGAUGCAUCUCCCAGCUCUCAAAAAAGGUUGGAGAUGUGGGACCCAUUCUGGAUAUGAUGGCUAUGGUGCUAGAGAAUAUUUCAACAGUUACAAUUGUAGCCAGGACUACUAUCUCUGCCAUUUACCAGACUGCAAAGAUUGUCUCUUCAGUCCCUAAUAUAUCAUAUCACAAGAAGGCUUUUCCUGAUGCUCUGUUUCAUCAACUACUCCUAGCAAUGUCUCACCCAGAUCAUGAAACACGAGUUGGAGCGCAUAGCAUUUUCUCCAUGGUGCUUAUGCCAUCUGCGCUUUCGCCUCUGUUGGACCAGAAAAUGAAACCUUCAGAUGCUGUUUCUGGGUUUUCUUCCGUCAAUACAUUGCAGAAGAAUAGGGCUGGAAGAUUUUCCCCUCAUGAUGAAAGUCGGGACAAUCUAGAACCUGUUGAUAUAGGACCAAAGGAGGAAGAUAGUCAGAUAUCGGAUGUCUAUGUGAAACAAUAUGGUCAAUCCUACAGCUUUAAGAGUGCUUUGACCGGAGGAAGAACAGAGCUAACUUCCCUUCGGUUGAGCAGUCACCAAGUGAAUCUCUUGCUUUCAUCUAUCUGGGUUCAGGCAACAUCUGCAGAAAACACUCCUGCAAAUUUCGAAGCAAUGGCCCACACUUAUAAUAUUGCUUUACUGUUUACCCGAUCUAAGACUUCUAGUCAUGCAGUGCUUGUAAGAUGCUUCCAGCUGGCGCUCUCCCUUAGGACCAUGUCUCUCAAUCAAGAAGGAGGUCUGCAGCCAUCUUGUAGAAGGUCUCUUUUUACUUUGGCAUCGUACAUGCUUAUAUUUUCAGCGAGGGCUGGAAAUCUAACAGAGUUAAUUCCUAUUGUUAAAGCAUCUUUGACGGAUAAGAUGGUGGAUCCUAAUCUUCAGCUGGUAGAUGAUAUAAGGCUGCAGGCAGUUAUAGAGUCUAAGGAGAAGAUGUUAUGUCGAUCGCAGGAAGAUGCAGUUGCUGCAUUGAACUCUCUAUCAGCAAUUGAAAGAGAUGAUCAUACGUUAAAAGAAGCUGCUGUAUCACACUUCACGACUAAAUAUGCAAAAUUGUCAGAGGAUGAGUUGUCAAGCAUCAAGAAGCAACUCACGCAGGGAUUUUCACCUGAUGAUGGAUAUCCAUUAGGGGCUCCUUUGUUUAUGGAGACACCCCGGCCCUGCUCUCCUCUUGCGCAUAUGGAUGUGGAAGGCUUUGAUGAGGUGAUGAAUCCAGCUGCGUUGACGGAUGAAGAAACAUUGCCUGAAGCAAGUGGAAGUCAGUCUGACCGCAAAACAUCAAUCUCUAUAAGUACCUUUGACGUUCUAAGUGUAAAUCAGUUACUGGAAUCGGUCCUAGAAACAGCACGACAACUUGUAAGCUCCCCUGUUUCUCCAACACCGAUACCUUAUGAUCAGAUGAGAAAUCAGUGUGAAGCCCUUGUAAUGGGUAAACAACAGAAGAUGUCAGUGCUUCAUAGUUUUAAACAACAAGAAGAUUCAAAGGCAAUAGUUCUUUCCACUGAAAUUGAAAACAAGAUGAGGGAUUUUUCCGAAGAAGACCUAAAGUUGGUAAAUAAGGAGCAUGUUCGAACUCGGGAACAACUUCUUCUCUGUCCGCGUGACUGUGGACCAUAUUCUUUCAGGCUACCGCCAUCGAGCCCCUAUGACAAGUUUUUGAAAGCAGCUGGCUGCUAACGGCAAAAGUUGUGUUAUAUAUGCAUGUAACUACCUAUAGUUCAUUUUCCCUUUUUCUUAUCUUUUUUUUUUUCUUUUUUUUUUUUUUUUUAAAUCAAUCUGUCUCCCCUGUCUUUUGGCUAUUUUUUCAUUCUUUAGCAUUAAUUGUACAUCUACGAUUUUCUAUAGAUGCUCUCCAGUUUUCAUGCUCAAAUGCACGGAAUUGAACCGGAAGAGAAGUUGCCUUGAGUAAAAGGGGUUGUCUUUGGUCAAGAAAUUCACUUUAGUGUUUCUGAUGAGAUUUGUUAAUAUUUAUUUAUAUGUUUACCUCAACUGGUUUGUAUUAGAGGGCAUUAUAUUAUAUGGAAAAACAUUUUUAAGAAUUAA